AUGAUAAAGUCAUCCGCGAGCGGUGGUUUCGCGACAGCGGUGGUCGAUCAGCUUGUAGCUGCUAUCACUCCCCCAUUUCUGGGUUUGUCUGCUACGGUACCGCUGGCUCGGUGCGUGGUGGCAGGAACACGCCUACCUUCUGCGAAGGAAACAACGGGCAUCAUGAACGAUAUCCAUGAGAACCAUCCUCGAUCCAUCAUUAACCCCCAAUCAACAAGCAGGCCGUUACCGUCAAUACCCGUGCAUGUGGCAAACUAUCUCUUCAACAACUAUGUCACCCGCGUGUCUCCGCAGUAUCCUAUCCAUUACAUCCCGGACCUCGUCGCUAUGCAUGAUGCUGUUUUUCAUCAAACUGGGCCAGACAGAAAUUCUCGAAUUCCUGUGACUCCGUAUGAAGUUUAUACACUAAAUCUCAUCAUGGCAAUCUCAUUAUCCACUGCUGCUCGUUCAAAUCAAAGCCAGGCUGACUCAAUUGCAAGGGGACUUUUCGAGAAUGCCAUGGAGCAGAUGCCGGGAGUUUUAACAAAUGAUCUACGCGGACUUCAAGCUCUCACGUUGUUGACACAAUAUGCCUUUCUCAAUCCCAGCGUGGCCAAUUUCUGGCUUCUCACUGGCUUCAUUAGUCAAGCUUGUAUCGACCUUGGCCUUCACCAAGAGCUUCCAGAUCAUGCUGCCAAGAUCUCGGUCUUAGAGCGCGAUCUGCGGCGGCGAGUGUUCUGGAGCGCAUGGGAGAUGGAAAUCGCAGUGUCUGGCGCGUUGUUACGCCCCAUCAAUCUUCAAAGAAGAAGCAUUACAACGGAGUUUCCAUCCCAGGUAGAAGACGCCGCCAUCACACCAGCGGGGAUUGACUCAAAUGGUCGUGUCACAAAGUUCAGUUCUCACUAUAUUUGGCGGUAUCGUGAGAUAGAAUGCGAUAUUGUCCCCAUCCUCUUCCACAACGAGCCAAUACCACAAGAAUUCGCGACCUUGGAGGGAUGGAUGUCACAUCAAGAACGCGCCAUUCUCGACUGGAAGGCGGAAAUUCAUGACGGUGCAGCACGUAAUACAGAUCCUCUGUCCCAAUCACAGUGGGAUGAGAUGAAACACUAUUCAGGAAUUGCUUGCGACUAUAUUCUAGUCACACUGUUCCGGCCUUGCCCGCGCAUCAAAGAACCUACGGUCGAAAACUUUCUCAAGGCCUUUUCCGCAGCGGUGGGCGUUGCUGACGGCAGUUGGGAGCAAGCGAAUCUGGAUUUCGGAAACAGCAAAUAUGUUUUCCAUUCUUGCUAUCACUCUUUCUCUGCUGCUAUAGUCUUUCUCCAAGCACUGCAGCGGAUCAAGAUCGAGAUUGCUGCUACGUAUACGUUGAAGCAAAUCGAGAUGAAAAUCAACGCAUUCUCGCGCUUCUUCGCCACUCUGGCAGAGAGAUGGCCUGCAGCAUCCGGCUGUCUCGAAGAAUAUGAGCGACUCCUUGUCCCGGCCAGGAAGGAGUUCAGCGAUUAUCUCGUGCAGGAGGCGCAUAGGCUCUCGGAUCAAGAUUCCUCGAUAACCCAGCUUGCCGAUGGUGCAGGCAUCUAUUCCAACUACGAUCUGGGGGAAGAGUUCACGUUCGGCACGAUUUUCAACUUUCCUGCACCGGACGUCGACAGAACAUUGGAUUACUGUUCGUACAUCCCUGUGGAUUGGGAUCAGGAGUUCAAUUUCGCGGUAGAUAAGUCAAUCUGA